AUGGCGUCCAAGGCGUUGGCGCUGUUCCUGGCCGUGAACCUGCUGGUGGUGCUAGGCGUGGCCAGCGCGUGCUCGCCCUACUGCCCGACCCCGUCGACGCCGACGCCGACGCCGGGGUCGUUCGGCAGGUGCCCCCGCGACGCGCUGAAGCUGGGCGUGUGCGCCGACGUGCUGGGCCUGAUCAAGGCCAAGGUGGGCGCCCCCGCCCGGUACCCCGGCUCCGCGCCGGUCUUCAUCGCCGUCCUCGACUGGUCGUGCUCCAGACUCACGGGUCAGCCUACGCCGCUCUUCUUCUCUACUACCCUGCCUUGA